AUGAGGGAAAUUCUGUUUACAGGAAGAGUCCCUGCAGUGAGUGCCUCCGGAAGAAGUGAAUUCUCGUGCGAGAUCACGCGGAGAGAAGAGACUUUUCAGAUGAAGAUGUACGACCCCAGGAAUUUUACGAUCUUUCUCUGCCGGUUGACAGAGUCAGAGUACUUCGCCGUGAAGGAGAGGCAGAGCAUACGCGUGGAUUACGCUGGAUUCGUGCGUGCCCUGUGCGAUCUCCUGAAGAGAGUGCAGAGGGGAGAUCUCUACAUGGAAGUAGAUGAAAGCGUGAAAAUCAUCGAGAGAAACCCCUUCCGAAACAUCCUGCACUUGGAGCUGAACCUGCACAAGAUAUCAGAGGCGGAGUACAGGGGAUACGCAGCAGAAAUACUCAGUGAAAUCACGCGGAAAAAGGAAAGUGCUGAAAGAGAAAGCGCAGGACUCCGGGAGGAGAUCAGGAGAAUUCGGGAGAGGGAAGAAGCAGAGCAGGAAAGUGCGAGGAGAAGGGACGAGGAGAGGAGGAAUAUCCGGGAGAGGGAAGAGGCAGAGCAGGAAAGUGCGAGGAAAAGGGCAGAAGAGGCCCUUUCACGCGAGGAGGAGGCAGUUCGGGAGAACGAGAGACUCCAGAAGCAGAGCCGAGUCCUGGAGGAGGACCUGAAGAAGGCGAACGAGAUCAUACGGAAGAACUUCGAGGAGCUGAAGUCCCGCGUAAAAGCAGAGAGUCUCCUCAGGCAGGAACUGAACGAGCACAGGGAAGAGAGAGCCUCCCUCGAGGAAGAGUGUCACCGCCUGGAGAUGCAGGUCCUUGAAGCAGGAGAGGAGAUUAAGCUUAUGAAGGAGAUGGAGUCCGAGAGAAAGGAGGCGAUAGGAAGCCUGAAGGCCCUGAAUAAGUCACUCAGCAGGAAGCUGGAGAGUACGUACAGAAUAUACAAUAGAGUGUACAAGGAGACAGACGAUGAUACGAAGACGGAGGAGAGUUCUAUAGUAGCCCCAGAGAGUGUGCAGUAUUAA